CGAAAUUAUCUCACGUUUCGACCCAAAUCGCAUCUAAAAUUUGAAAAGUCAAAUUUUUUAGGGAAAAUCAUCUUCCAUUUCGGACCAAAUCGCAUCUUAAUUUGACAUUUGAAUCUCACGUCCGUUUCGAUGGGUUGGAGGUACUCUGUGCAGAGGGAGAGGAGUUCUUUCGUCGACUGACCGUAGAAAAGUGGUUCGUCGAGAUUUAUGAUGCGUCGAAAUUCGCUCGUGUCCUGAUUUGGGUCCAAAUUGAGGAGGGAUUCGUGCAAGAUUUGGGAUAUCGGUUUGUUCAACCCAGAAAGACAAGGGGACGAGGGACCGAUAAGCCCCACAAGUAGGAUGAUAACAAUUUUCCGAGUCCCCCAUAUUUCAAGAUGUCGAACGUUCCCUCGGACCCGCCUUCUCCCGCGUCGUCCUAUUCGUCCUCCUCCUCCCCCGGAAUUCUUCCCCGCUCUGAACUCGCCGCCCUGGUCGCGGCCGCGGCGGCAUCGUCGUCUUCACUGUCGCGACACAAUUUACUGGAACAAGGAGACGCGGACAUUGGCGUGGAUCGGAUUUCGUCAAAGUUCUGCUGGGACCAAAAGUGCAUAAUUUGGGAAGUUUUGAGCAUCUCGGUGGCGGCUGGAGGACCCAACUCGGCCGUGGCGAAUACCAAUCUCGACCCGACGGAUCCCCAGGAAUACGCCGCCAUGCUGGAUAUCGACUACAUGACGUCGAGCAAUUUCCACGCCGGCCAUCACGAUCAGAACAGGUCGACUUGGAGCCUCUCCCUGUACAAGACGGGCCCAGACACGCUCGGCGUUUUCAUCCAUCUCCUCCAACUGAACGGGAACAGUCGCUCGGCCGCCAACCGACGCUCCCAUUCUAACCAAAACUCCACAAAUGAGAAUACGAAUCAAGGGUCAGGGAUUUACUUCAAGUAUGCGAUGUGCCUCGUCAACACGGACGGGGAAGUCGUCAACAAAAUUGAAAACAACACGAUCAUCAACAUCCUGCCCGGUCAAUCCUGGGGGGAAGACGAAUUCAUAAUUCUGCACAAUUUGUGGGACCCCGACUUGAAACUUGUCCACUACGCGGAUCAAGAAAAGCUGAUUGUGCGCGUGGACCUCUCGCUCCUCUCCGCGCUCGACCACACGCACGAAGUUUACUCCGCGCCCAUCGUCCUCACCUCAAUUUUGACCCCACCCACGACCCCGCCUGGGUCCGAACCACCCAGGAAAUUCCCACGCUCGAAAUCCGCCGCCUUCACCAUUCCGCCGGUGAAAACGAGUAAUCAUGGAUUCCAGUUUGGAGGCAAAUCGGCCCCAAUUUGGGUGACCUCGACGUCGUCGUCGGCAGCGUCGUCGCCGAUAUUGGAAUCCCUCUGGAAUUUGAGGGAAUUUGCAGAUGUGCAGAUUCACUGUGACGGAAGGACUUUUCCGGUCCAUAAAUGCGUCAUUUCGGCCGCCAGCCCCGUCUUUAAGAUGAUGUUUUCCACCCAAAUGUCAGAAUCAGCUCGGGGUGAGGUCGAGAUCACGGAUUUGGGCGCAACGGUGAUGGAGACGGUGUUGUACUUCAUUUACACCCAGCUCGUCCCGACCACGUGGGAUUGGACGAAUUUCGAAAAAUCCGCAGAGCUCGUCCACGCCGCGGAGAAGUACGGGCUCAAGGAACUGAAGGCCAUGUGCUUUGUCUCGCUGUGCGAAAAAUUGGACUGCGCUUCCGUCCCUGGGCUCGCCGUGUUGGCGCAGAUGUACUCGGCGGAAGGAGCCGUGAAAGAAUUCGUCGCCAAGUUUAUCAUCCGGAAUAUUCAGCGUUUAAAGAACGACUCGAAUUUCAACGACUCAUUGGAGAAGCAUCCGACAGCCUUCACGACGAUCCUCUUGUCCGACGCCCUCUCAAAAUCGGUCUCCACCGUGUCCACGAUAACGUACCUUUAAAAAUGUGGCGUAAAAACCUUUAGAAGAUUAUGAUUGAUUAAUUAUCCAUCCGAUUGAUUACUUGAUUGAUUAACUUUUAGUACUUUUAAUUGUCAAUUAAGUAUGUAGUCUCCGGAGAGGAAUAGAUUAUUAAAUUAUGUAAGGAAAUUAAAAUCUUCAAAAUUUCAAGUUGGAUAAAAUCGACAUUACUGUUUUUUCUUGGUUUUUGUCGGACGUUGUAUCGAAAUCGGUUGAUGAUAAGGCGACAAUAUGAUAACUUCUUUUAAAUGUGGCCCGCACGAAAGUUAGGCCUUUAGAAAAUCAUGAUUACAUAACUAAUUAAUUGACUAAUUAAAUAAAUAGUUGAUAGAUUAAUUAAAUGAUUAAUUAAUUCAUAACUAAUUACUUGAUUGACUUUUAA